CGGUGACGCUGUCACACAUGGAUCUGGACCACCAGAUCUCGCAGCUGCGGGAUUGCAAGUUCAUGCCGGCGGUGGAGGUCAAGGCGCUAUGCGAGCAAGCAAAGGCGAUCCUCAUCGAGGAGUGGAACGUACAGCCCGUGCGUUGCCCCGUCACUAUGUGUGGUGACAUCCACGGCCAGUUCUACAACCUCAUCGAGCUCUUCCGCAUCGGCAGGGAAGCGUCUAACACCAACUACCACUUUUAUAUAGAUAGAAACUAAGUAUCCAGUGUGA